UCGCCGGAGUCCGGGGAGCCCAUCACCGCCGAGAAGAUACAGGGGAUGAGGUACACGCAGGCGGUGGCGCGCGAGGUAGUCCGGUACCGGCCCCCGGCGACACUGGUGCCGCACAUCGCCGGUGAGUCGUUCCAGCUCACAGAGUGGUACACGGUGCCCAAGGGCGCCAUCGUGUUCCCGUCCGUCUACAAGUCCUCCUUCCAGGGCUUCCCGACGCCCGACGCCUUCUACCCAGACCGCUUCUUCUCCGACACGCGCAGGGAGGACGUGGCGUUCAAGCGCAACUUCCUGACCUUCGGCGUCGGCGCGCACCAGUGCGUCGGCCAGCGGUACGCGCUCAACCACCUCCUGCUCUUCCUCGCGCUCUUCGUCUCCGUCGUCGACUUCAAGCGGGACAGGAUGGACGGUUGCGACGACCCCGUGUACAUGCCCACCAUCGUGCCCAGGGACGGCUGCUCCGUCUACGUCAAGCAACGCUGCGCAAGCUUCCCGUCCUUCUGA